AUGGCCUUUGGAUCGGGGUCUAGGAAGCGCAGGUGGUCCGAGGAUGAUGAAGACAUACACGCCGAGGCCGAUGGUGAAGACAUAGACGCCAGUGAGGAAGGGGACAUCGAACUCGACGAUGAAGAGGAAGAACAAGUUCAAGCAGCUGGUAAGAUAAAUCCUCUCAUCGCUGAAAUUACUAUGCUUGGAGGAGAAAAAGGAAAGAACGAUGGUGGAUCAAAGAAUUGGAGAUGCAACCAUUGCAAGAAGGCAUUCAAAAGUAGCUUAACCAGGGUUCGUGUUCAUCUUCUUGGUGCUCAACCGGGCAAGAAACCACAAAUUCAGCGUUGUCCUGUUCUCCUAAAUGAUGCAGCCAAGACCUGGGAAUUACGGGAUAAGGUUAAAGAAGCUGAAAAAUCUUCAAAAUCAGUGCAGCAGAAAGGGAGGCUGUUGAACAAUUCAUUAGCACAAGCCUUUGGUGCAGCAGAAAGGGAUGCUGUUGAUUUGAAAAUAAUGCAGUUCAUUGCAGCUAACGGCAUCUCUUUCAACGUCUUAAGGAGUCCUCAUUAUUCUGAGAUGGUUACAGCUAUAAAUAAUGCUCCAAAGGGAUAUAAAGGUCCUGGCAGUGAGAAGGCCAGAACCACUCUCUUAGAUGCACUCAAGAGGAACGUAGAAAAUGAUUUAUCAACAGUGAGAGAUACUUGGUUAACACAAGGAGUCUCUGUUGUGUCUGAUGGAUGGACUAAUAUUAAAGGCCAGCCACUGUUAAAUGUGCUUGCCUCAAAUAGCGUCGGUUCAUGCUUCUUAUAUGCAGAAGAUUUCUCUGGAAUUGAAAAAACUGGUGAAGCAAUUGCUGAGUUUUUACUGAAAGCCAUUGAAGAAAUUGGACCCAAAAAUGUUGUUCAAGUGGUGACCGACAAUGCAUCAAACUGUAAAGCCGCAGGCAGGGAAAUUCAGAAAGUUCAUGAGCACAUCUUUUGGAGUCCAUGUGUAGUGCACACCUUGAAUCUCAUAUUCAAGGAUUUUGCGAGCAAAUUCCCAUGGAUGGAAGAUACCUACAAGGCGGGUAAAGCUAUUGUCAACUUUUUCCGGAGCCAUUGUCAUUGUCUAGCCAUGUUCAGAAAUAAUUCUCGUUUGGACCUACUGAAGGUGGCAAAAACUCGAUUUGCCAGCCAUCACAUUUUAUUGGAAAGGCUCCGUACGGUGAGAGAUGGGCUUACCACCACUGUAGUAACCAGACAAUGGAAAGAUUGGGUGAAAACCUGCAGUAGUGAUCAGCAGCAACAAGCAAAGGCCAUUGUUGAUACAAUCAAUGAUGAAAACUUUUGGAAUGAGGUUGACAACAUCCUUGCCAUCACAAAGCCUAUAUACUCAGUAUUAAGGUUCAGUGAUGGAGAAGGUCCAAAAAUGGGAGAAAUAUAUGAGAGAAUGGACAACAUGGUUGGAGAGAUCAAAGACAUCAUGACCCAGGAUGACAACCCUCACAAGUUGGACUAUCCAGAGGUCGAAGAAAUAAUUAUGGACCGCUGGGAGAAGAUGAAUAUUCCUCUUCACAGUCUGGCAGUUGCCCUCAAUCCAAAAUAUUAUGAUCAGAGGUAUAUUGAAAAGCCAGCUCCUGGGGGUUUUGUAAGAAAGGCACCAAACAAAGAUCCAGAUGUCAUGAAAGGAGUGUUAGAAGCUAUUAAAAAAAUAGGAGAUGAUGCAAGUGAGCAGAAGAUCCUCCGUGAGCAAUUCACUCAUUUCAUUUCCAAGAAGGGAAUGUAUGCACUGUCCUCUGUGAAACAAGAUGCAUACAACAUGGAUGCAAUUGAUUGGUGGGAAACUUAUGGCUCUGAAACUCCAGAUCUAGCAGCAAUCGCAAUAAAGAUUUUGUCUCAACCCAUCAGUAGCUCAUCAGCAGAAAGGAUUUGGAGCACUUAUGAAUAUGUCCACAGUGCAAAGAGGAACAAACUGAAUGCUAAGAAUGCAGAUAAGCUUGUCUAUAUUCACUCCAAUUUGCGCCUUCUGUCAAGAGCCACUGAGAGUUACAAAAAAGGGCCACAUUCUAAGUGGGACAUAGAUCCCAGCGAUUCAACCAUCUAAGAACUGAAAGGACGUCAGCUGGAAUCAGGAUUCAGGAAGAGUUCAUCAGGAGUUCAAGUCCUAAGGAGUCCAUCGGUGAUCAGUCUUCAGUCAUGGCUCAUAGAUCAUGCUGCUAUUUUUUUUCUAGCUUUGUGUAUUAGACAAUUAAGUCAGUUAAUUCCGUAUGUUAUGUAUGAACUAAGAGUAUGUCGCUGUGACCUGUCAGCCAAGAUAUUUGGUUAAUUUUCAUUUGAAGUAUCGUUUCAAACAGUAUCGGUCCAUACAACAUGGGUUCGCGUCCCUCGUUCCUUCUCGUCGUUCCGGGAACGUCGUCUCAAAUUAAUUUGGAUCACGAUCCAUGUUAAUUUGGAACGUGCUGAAGUUGUAUACUCGUCGUUCCGAACAGUAUUGAAAAUUGGCGUACCACGUUUCUCGUCCCCGUUCCUCGACCCGGUCGACCCGGGAACGCGGUGACU